UUCAUCUAUGGAUUGUCUCCACGAACAAGAUGAUCUCCCGCCCAGUCAAAGUGACAACUUGGGCCGAUCCGAUUUUUCGGAGACGGAAAGUAUUGAUAAGCCGAGGCACCUGGCUGUGGGAGAAGUGAUGAAGGUUCUGUAUGAGAAGGAGUGUAAGCGACUAGGGGUAUGUCCCGUGGGUGCCUUCCUCAGGGCACCGGGUAAGGCCUCUGUCGAGCUGAGGAAUUACUCUCUGGGUCCCAAAGGGGCGGCUGCUCUUGCUGUGCCAUUACUGCUGGAUUCGUCCGUGACGUCAGUUGACCUGGAGGGUAACAGUAUAGGUGCUGAGGGACUGCGGAGUAUAGUAGGAGCCCUGUUGGAGAGUAACUACAUCACACAUGUGAAUUUAGCCAAUAAUCAGAUCGGCCACCACGGGGCACAGAUGGUCAAGCAUCUUCUUCUGGGCAACUUCUACAUCGUACACAUUAAUGUCUCAGAGAACAAGUUUACAGACAUCGAUGCGGAUAUAUUUGCUCAAGUUCUAAAGGAGAACAAACACCUGAAAGAGAUGAUUUUGUCAAAAAACGACUUUGGGGAACAUAGUGGAAAAGUGCUCGGUCCCGAGAUAGCAUCCAAUGACAGUCUUGAGCUACUGGACCUUAGCUGGAAUCAAAUCCGAGGCAAGGGAGCGAUAGCAAUAGCUAACGCUGUUAAGGAAAAUGUUGGCCUAAAGGUGCUACGGUUGGAAUUCAAUGGUUUCGGCAAUGAUGGUGGUUCUGCUAUGGGGCAGGCUCUGGCGGGCAAUCGAACACUGAAGGAAUUAGAUCUGUCCAACAACAGGAUCACGGACACUGCCGUCCGGGACAUGGCCGCGGGUUUAGCAGCUAAUGAUGGGCUCGAAAUACUUAAGAUAGGUGUGAGUUCGUUCCAACUGCCAAGUCCCCUGGCCCUUGUGGAGGCAAUCAACCGGAAUGAGACCGGGGCACUUCGUCUUCUCGAUCUAAAGGAUGUUUGCGUUUCGCAAGAGUUUCUCAACGUUGUCGAAGAAAUCCAACAAAGCAGACAAUUUAAGGCGAUCUACGGUCUCAAGUCCAAAAUCCGCAUCAUCAAACCAGAAUUUGUGGGAGCGGUCAACCCAGACGGGGAGGAAACAACAGCACCUAGACAGGUGGAUGACAGCCAGGGAGAGAGCGGAGAGGGCGAUAGAAAUGUGGGUGCAACCGUAAGAGAUCAGACCGACAAGAACGCGGCGGCCGAACAGACGAACGAUCAAAGCCGAGAUGGGGAUGAAAGUGAAAACAGAGCUGUCGGGACGUUAGCAGCAAGUCUCAAAAAUUCUGAGGAUGAAAAUAGCCCGGGUGGUGACAGUGAAGACGAAGUUAACCAAAAGGAAGAAACUGAACAAAAUAAACUGAAUGAAAUCAAUGACUCGGAGCAAGACACAGGUAGAGAAAGCAAUGUUGCAAAGGAAACAACGGAAAAAAAUCCCGAUGGCAUAGGUAUUGAGAACAUAGGAAAGGCGAGUCCGUCUAGUGAAAGAGAGACAACUGAUUCUCCUGUCAGUGAAAGAGAGGUUGCUUCACGUGCUAGUGAAAGAGAGGUCGCUUCGCGUACUAGUGGAAAGGCGGUUGCUUCACAUACUAGUGAUAGGGAGGUUGCUUCACGUGCUAGUGAAAGGGAGGCUGAUUCACGCGCAAGUGAAAGGGAGGCUGAUUCACGCGCAAGUGAAAGGGAGGCAACUUCACGUACUAGUGAAAGGGAGGUUGUUUCACGUGCAAGUGAAAGGGAGGCCACGUCACGUACUAGUGAAAGGGAGGCUGCUUCACGUGCAAGUGAAAGAGAAGCUGCUUCGCGUUCUAGUGAAAGAGAUGUUGUGUCACGUACUAGUGAUAGGGAGGUUGCUUAA